AUGCAGGUCGGCAUCUUCGUGACGGACACCCUCUCGACGGUCAUGGCGCUCACCAUGCCAACCAUCUACGGACUCUGGGGCUUGUCGUCGGAUCUCGUGUACUGCAUUUUGUUCCCACAACUCUGCAUGGUAGUGCACUUCAAGCACCACUGCAACACCUGCGGCUCCUUGGCUGGCUACUUAAUGGGGCUGCUGGUUCGGCUGUCCGGAGGGGAGGCCGUCAUGCACAUACCGCCUAUGAUAUACUACCCAGGUUAUGACUACGAGAACAAGCGGCAGCUCUUUCCGUUCAGAACACUGGCUAUGGUGAUGUGCGGUAUCACCGUCAUCCUUGUCUCCCGCUUCACCAAAUGA